CGAAUUGAAUGAUGUAUUGGAAGGAUGCCACGGGGUGCUGGGGGACCUCGAGCGACUGAAGACGCACUACGACGAAGUCGGCUUUCAAACUCAGACGACAUGGGAACGAAUGGGAUGAGGGUGGAUGAACUGGCGGAGAUCCGAGCCAAAUUCUCUUCGUACAUACAGGUGUUGAAUCUUCUUAACACUAACAUGAUACGUUCGUCUCAAGAAACCGUCCUAAACCUGUUGAAGACCUACAUCGGCGAUUGUCGAAGUGGGAACCGUGAAGGGGCGGCCAUGUCGUGUAUAUCGACAGGGUCACUUGAAGGCGGCGCGAAAGAGGCGUGGAGAAGCCUAAGGAAAGAUCUACAAAGCGUGGGAAUCACACCGGAGCUGUUCAAGAUACACCGGCAAAUUAUCCUCAGCACUAUUCAGAAACACUGGGCACUAGACGGAGUGGAGGAUGGCUCUAUCGCUUUCCUAGCCGAUGCGGAAAGCGCCAGCCAAGCAGAUUGUGGACUAGGGUUGCUCUAUGCAGACCCCAAAAUCCCUAGAGAUUGGCCCGCUUCUAGGCACCUCUAUUCGGUCAAUGUGUCUGAAGGACGUGAGUCCCUGGAAUCAUGGCGAUAUUCAAGCCUCAAUAGCAACAUGUGCGACCAAUACGAGUAAAUCCGCCGUCAUACAGAGCAGUAUGAAGGCCAACGGCAGGAGAGGGCCACGGCGAUAGAGCGGAUGCUGUCGGCCCUGGCAAAAGAUCACCUCGUGGAAGAUUAGCCAUACAACAGCCUGGCAUGCCACUAGGUGAUUAUGAUGGAUCGGGAAUAUUCAGUCACAACGAGCUUGAAGCUGGCGACCUUCUAUUAUCGCACACUGUGCUGUUGAUCACGAAGCUUUGCAUCCCGCCUAUAGGGAUUGCGCUAUCUGCAAAUAUGACACCGAGACCCCUCGUCUCUCUGUGCUUCCCAAUGCGGAUGGAAGUAGCGUUCUCAACGAUCGCUCGAGUGAUUCAAUCCAGCCAUUCUACAGACGCACCCAUUCUCAACACGAAUCACACCGUUCUUAUCCCACUCCCC